UUACUGGACCUGAAUCACUGGAACUGACGGGUUCUGGUUUCUCUCUCAGCCUGACUGAAGUCCAGAAGAUGGAUGGUUGGAAUCUAAAGGAGGGUAAAGCAGAACCUCCAGGAUCCAGCUGUCCGUCCAAGAGGAGUGACCGGUCCAAAGGACAACCUCCAGACAUGAGUAAAGAACCUGGACCUUCAGAACCAAAAUGGAGGAAGAGUAGCAGCCCCUACUGUGGAGAAAGACCCAGAACAGGAGCUGGACUGCUGACAGCCAAUCAGAGCAGCUGUUCACCAGCAGAUGUUGGUCUGCAGGAGGUUCUAGAGGAACAUAAGAUCAGUCUGAGGAGGAGAUGUGAAUGUGUGACUGAAGGAAGUGAUGAAACAGGAAGUAGAACCCUCCUCAACAGGAUCUACACUGAUCUCUACAUCACAGAGGGACAGAGUGAAGAGGUUAAUACCCAACAUGAGGUGGAGCAGCUGGAGACAGCUUCCAAGAUCCAGAACCUCCAUGAGUCUCCAAUCAGGUGCCACGACAUCUUUAAACCCUUACCUGACCAGCAUGGAGCCAUCAGAGUGGUUCUGACCAACGGCGUCGCUGGUGUUGGAAAAACCUUCUCAGUGCAGAAGUUCACUCUGGACUGGGCAGAGGGCUUGGAGAACCAAGAUGUCAGUCUGGUGGUUCUGCUUUCAUUCAGGGAGCUGAACUUGAUCAGAGAGGAGCAGCACAGUCUUCUCACGCUGCUCCAUGUUUUCCAUCCAACACUCCAGAAGCUCCCAGCAGAGAAGCUGGCUGUCUGUAAACUUCUCUUCAUCUUUGAUGGUCUGGAUGAAAGCAGACUUUCUCUGGACUUCAACGACAGUCGGCUUGUUUCUGAUGUCACCCAGAAGUCAUCAGUCAACGUUCUGCUGACAAACCUCAUCAAGGGGAACCUGCUGCCCUCGGCUCUCGUCUGGAUAACUUCCAGACCUGCAGCGGCCAAUCAGAUCCCUCCUUCAUGUGUUGCCAGGGUAACAGAAGUACGAGGCUUCACUGAUGCUCAGAAGGAGGAGUACUUCAGGAGGAGGUUCAGUGAUGAAGAGCUGUCCAGCAGAAUCAUCUCCCACAUCAAGACCUCCAGGAGCCUCCACAUCAUGUGUGGAAUCCCAGUCUUCUGCUGGAUCACUGCUACAGUUCUGGAGAACAUGUUGACCACAGAGCAGAGAGGAGAGCUGCCCAAGACCAUGACUGACAUGUACUCACACUUCCUGCUGGUCCAGACAAGGAGGAAGAAGAACAAGUACCAUGAAGGACAUGAGAGGAGUCCACAGGAGCUGACGAAAGCUGACAGGGAAGUUCUUCUAAAGCUGGGGAGGCUGGCAUUUGAACAUCUGGAGAAAGGAAACAUCAUGUUCUACCAAGAAGACCUGGAGCAGUGUGGUCUAGAUGUCCCAGAGGCCUCGGUGUUUUCAGGAGUUUGUACAGAGAUCUUCAAAAGAGAGAGUGUGAUCUUCCAGAAACCAGUUUACUGCUUUGUUCAUCUGAGCAUCCAGGAGUUUCUGGCUGCAGUCUACAUGUUCUACUGUUUCACCAACAGGAACACAGAGGUGAUAGAGAACUUCCUGGGAGCAGACUACAGUAAAACAUCUCUGGAGGGCUUCAUGAAGAGAAUCAUGGAGAAGUCCCUCAGCAGUAAAAAUGGUCACCUGGACCUGUUUGUCCGCUUCCUUCAUGGCCUCUCUGUGGAGUCCAACCAGAGACUCUUAGGAGGUCUGCUGGGUCAGACAGAGAACUGUCCAGAAACCAUCCAGAGAAUCAUCAACAACCUGAAGAAGAUGAACACUGAUUAUAUCUCUCCAGACAGAAGCAUCAACAUAUUCCACUGUCUGAUGGAGAUGAAGGACCUCUCAAUUUAUCAGGAGAUCCAACAGUUCCUGAAAUCAGAGAACAGAUCAGAGAAGAAGCUCUCAGAGAUCCAGUGUUCAGCUCUGGCCUACAUGCUUCAGAUGUCAGAGGAGGUUCUGGAUGAGUUGGACCUGGAGAAGUACAACACAACAGAGAAUGGACGACUGAGACUGAUUCCAGCUGUGAGGAACUGCAGAAAGGCUCGACUUGUUGGCUGUAAACUCUCAGAGGCUGAAUGUGAAGUUGUGGCCUCAGCUCUGGAGUCCAACCCCCACCUGACUGAACUGGACAUCAGUGGGAUCUAUGGAGGAAGAACAUUUGGAGAAUCUGGACUGAAGCAUCUGUUGGUGAUACUGAAGAGUUCAAUCUGUAAACUGAAGAUCCUGAAAUUGGAGCGCUGCAGAUUGUCAGAGAUCAGCUGUGCUUCUCUGGGCUCAGCUCUGAAGUCCAACCCGUCCCAUCUGACAGAACUGGACCUGGGCUACAACAAACUAGGAGAUUCUGGAGUGAAGGAGCUCUGUGGUUUUCUACAGACUCCUCUCUGCAAACUACAGAUAUUGAAAUUGAAGGGCUGCAGUUUGUCAGAGAUCAGCUGUGCUUCUCUGGUCUCAGCUCUGAAGUCCAACCCGUCCCAUCUGACAUACUUGGACCUGGGCUUCAACAACCUUAAGGAGUCAGAUGUCCAGCAGCUGGAGGAUCUUGUAAAGAGUCCUGACUACAAACUGAAUCAUGUGUCAUGGAGGUGAUGAUCUUUGUUCAGGAGAGAAGCUGAGCUGUGUCCUGAUGAUCCACAGAGGUUGAAGCUGCAGCAGUUUGAGUUUAAAGAGACUCUGACUGGAUCCUGAUGAUGAACUCUGAGUUUAGAGAUUUUUAUCCUGUUUAUUUUCUAAUGUCUGUCAUUUAGUGUCUGAUAUUGUUUGUCUCUCUGGACCAAUGAAGAUGAAAUUAAAACUAAGCUGCAUUUAGUGGCUCCAUGUAGUUUUGAUCUGGAUUUGAUUAAACUGUAAAGUUGAUCUUUUUUCUCACUGAUUCAUUUUCAGCCUGAAACCAAGAAACAUGAAAUAAAGCUCAAUUCAGACGUU